CAUCCAAGCUUGAAGAGGGCAGCCUCGAAAGUGGCAGCAUUGGCACUGCCCGCUUGGAACAGAGGGGAGCACUGAGAACACUGCCCAGGCAGGGCGUGCAUCAUGCUCCCGACACUGGUACUGCUCAUCUUCUGCAGUUUCCUGCACUCUGCCGCUUUUGAAGGAAGUUUUUGGUCCCCCAUUUUUCUCCAGAAGCAGAAAGAAUCUCUGCAAAGAAUCAGACCUUCAGGGCAGAACAGAAGUGUGGAAGAGGAGUACUUUUUGCCAACAGUUUUGAGCAAGGAUUCCUGUUCUACUUGGGGAGGAGGGCAUUUUUCAACCUUUGAUAAAUAUCAAUAUGACUUCACUGGGACUUGCAACUACAUCUUUGCAACUGUAUGUGAUGAGACCAGCCCAGACUUCAACAUUCAGUUCCGUCGUGGGCUGGACAAAAAGAUUGCAAGGAUCAUUAUUGAGCUUGGACCUUCUGUUGUCAUUGUUGAGAAAGGCAGCAUUUCUAUCAGGAGUGUUGGUGUCAUUCAGUUGCCCUACACCAGCAAUGGAAUCCAGAUCGCUCCUUACGGACGCAACAUCCGCCUGGUAGCCAAGCUGAUGGAGAUGGAGCUGGUGGUCAUGUGGAACAAUGAUGACUACCUCAUGGUUUUGGCUGAAAAAAAAUACAUGGGGAAAACGUGUGGAAUGUGUGGGAACUAUGAUGGUUAUGAAUUGAAUGAAUUUGUGCGUGAAGGUAAAUUGCUGGAUACAUAUAAAUUUGCUGCAUUACAGAAAAUGGAUGAUCCAUCAGAGAUCUGCCUGUCUGAGGAGAUACCAAUUUCAACCGUUCCUCACAAAAAAUAUGCCAUGAUCUGCUCUCAGCUACUUAAUUUGGUGUCACCAACCUGCAGUGUGCCCAAGGAUAGGUUUGUCAUUCGUUGCCAGCUCGAUAUGCAGGACUGCAGUGAGCCAGGACAAAACAAUUGCACUUGCUCUACUCUGUCAGAGUAUUCCAGGCAAUGUGCUAUGUCCCACCAAAUGGUGUUCAACUGGAGAACUGAAAACUUCUGCUCUGUGGGAAAAUGUUCUGCAAACCAGAUCUAUGAGGAAUGUGGUUCUCCGUGUAUUAAAACCUGUUCCAACCCAGAGUACAGCUGUUCCAGUCACUGUACCUAUGGCUGCUUUUGUCCAGAAGGAACUGUUCUCGAUGAUAUCUCGAGGAAUCGGACAUGUGUUCACAUUAGCCAGUGUCCAUGUACCCUGAAUGGGAAAGCGUAUGCUCCUGGUGAGACAAUGACAGCAGCUUGUAGGACCUGUAAAUGUGUGAUGGGUCAGUGGAACUGUGAAGACUUGCCCUGCCCUGGAAGGUGUUCAUUGGAAGGAGGCUCCUUUGUUACCACGUUUGAUUCGAGGCCAUAUCGAUUCCAUGGGGUUUGCACUUAUGUUCUUAUGAAGAGUUCCAGCCUGCCACACAAUGGAACCCUAAUGGCUGUUUAUGAAAAGACUGGUUAUUCUCAUUCUGAGACAUCACUCAGUGCUAUAAUUUACCAAUCUGCAAAGGACAAAAUUGUGAUUUCUCAGAAUGAUCUCCUUACUGAUGAUGAUGAACUUAAGCGACUGCCUUACAGAUCAGGGGGCAUCACCGUUUUCCGACAGUCCUCCAUGUACGUUCAGAUGCACACAAACUUCGGGCUGGAACUUGCAGUUCAAACAUCACCUGUGUUCCAGGCCUACGUGAAAGUUGGAUCACAAUUCAGAGGCAAAACACUGGGUUUGUGUGGCAACUACAAUGGAGACACUACAGAUGACUUCAUGACUAGCAUGGAUAUCACAGAAGGGACAGCCUCCCUGUUUGUAGAUUCCUGGAGGGCAGGAAAUUGCCAUCCUGCCUUAGAGAGAGAGACUGACCCUUGUGCUUUGAGCCAACUGAACAAAAUAUCUGCUGAGACUCAUUGCUCCAUUCUGACCAAGAAGGGUACAGUGUUUGAGAAGUGCCAUGCUGUGGUGAACCCUAUUCCUUUCUACAAGAGAUGUGUCUACCAAGCCUGUAAUUAUGAGGAGACCUUUCCUUAUAUUUGUUCUGCUCUGGGAUCAUAUGCACGAGCAUGCAGUUCCAUGGGUUUAAUCCUUGAGAACUGGAGGAGCAGUAUGGACAAUUGCACCAUUACUUGCACUGGCAAUCAAACAUUCAGCUACAACACUCAGGCCUGUGACAGGACAUGCUUGUCACUCUCCAACCGAGCCCUGGAAUGCCAUCCAACCGAUAUUCCUGUUGAAGGCUGCCAGUGUCCUAAAGGAAUGUACCUGAACCACAAGAAUGAGUGUGUUCGUAAAUCUCAUUGUCCCUGCUACUUAGAGGACAGAAAGUACAUCCUGCCUGACCAGUCAACAAUGACUGGUGGGAUCACCUGCUACUGUGUUAAUGGGAGGCUAAGUUGCACAGGCAAACCUCAAAAUCCUGCAGAAAUCUGCAAAGCUCCUAAGAAAUACAUAUCAUGUUCUGACAAUUUAGAAAACAAGUAUGGAGCUGCAUGUGCCCCUACCUGUCAGAUGCUGGCUACUGGAAUUGAAUGUAUACCCACGAAGUGUGAAUCAGGCUGUGUCUGUGCUGAUGGCCUCUAUGAAAAUCUCGAUGGCGGGUGUGUGCCAGCUGAGGAGUGUCCUUGUGAAUAUGGUGGCCUUGCUUAUGGAAGAGGUGAACAAAUCCAGACUGAAUGUGAGAUCUGCACUUGCACAAAAGGCAAAUGGAAAUGUGUUCAGAAAACAAGGUGUUCCUCCACCUGUAACCUGUAUGGAGAAGGUCACAUCACCACCUUUGAUGGACAGCGUUUUGUGUUUGAUGGCAACUGUGAAUACAUAUUAGCUAUGGAUGGCUGCAGUGUUAACAGACCCAUUUCCUCUUUCAAAAUUGUUACUGAGAAUGUAAUCUGUGGGAAAUCAGGAGUUACGUGUUCCAGAUCCAUCAGCAUUUACCUUGGGAAUCUGACAAUCAUACUGAGAGAUGAAACCUAUGCUAUUUCUGGGGAAAAUCCUGGUGUCCGGUACAAAGUGAUAAAGAACGCCCUUCACCUGAUGUUUGAUAUCAUUAUCCCUGGAAAAUACAACAUGACCCUUAUUUGGAAUAAGCACAUGAACUUCUUCAUCAAGAUCUCCAGAGAAACACAGGAAACGAUCUGUGGUUUAUGUGGGAACUAUAAUGGCAACAUGAAGGAUGACUUUGAAACUCGAAGCAAGUACGUGGCAUCAAACGAGCUGGAAUUUGUCAACUCUUGGAAAGAGAAUCCUCUUUGUGGGGAUGUGUACUUCGUAGUGGACCCCUGUAGCAAGAAUCCUUAUCGUAAAGCAUGGGCAGAAAAGACAUGUUCCAUCAUCAACAGCCAUGUUUUUGCUGCCUGUCACACUAAGGUGAAUCGGAUGCCCUACUACGAGGCCUGUGUGCGAGACUCCUGCGGGUGUGACAUUGGAGGGGACUGCCAGUGCAUGUGUGACGCCAUCGCGGUCUAUGCCAUGGCCUGCUUGGAGAAAGGCAUCUGCAUCGACUGGAGGACCCCUGAGUUCUGUCCUGUCUAUUGUGAGUAUUACAAUUCUCAUAAAAGAACAGGAAUUGAUGAUGCUUUUUCCCGUGGCUACAAUGAUGACAAAUGCACCUGGCACUACAGGCCUUGCAACUGUCCAAAUCAAAACUACAAAUAUGUCAAUAUUGAAGGUUGUUACAACUGCUCUCAUGAUGAAUACUUUGACCAUGAAGAGGAAAGGUGCAUGCCAUGUGGACAAGUAAACGUUACCACCACACCCGAACCAUCUUCACCUUCACCAGCAACAGUGCAGCCUGAAGUGACAAGGAGCUCUACCACAAGCGCCCUACCAACAGUACCCAGUACUUCUCCAACAACUGUGUCACCUGAGACUACAAAUCCAACAAUAACUGCAAAAAUUACAGUUCCAACAGCUUCACCCUCACAACCUCUUGUCACAAUAAAGUCAACAACUGAACAUACAACAUCAAUUUUCACCACACCAAACAUGACUACAACCAUCACUACCCCAUCCAUAACAACCUCAGUGAAAAGAACCAUGGCCACUACUCCAGAGUCUGUUCCCUCAUCACCUUCUGCCUCAUCAACUUCUGCUACAACAGAGACAGGACAAGUAGGGGUCACCUCACCACCCUUCGAGACCACCAGCAAAAGGGAAACAGCAACCUCCUCGAUACCUACUCAGACCUCAACUCAGAGCACAACUUUCAGCCAGCCUAAACUAACAACAGCAGAGAGUGAGGAAACUGAAGCAACCACUCUGCACUACCCAGAAGUUGUCACCCACAUAAGAACAACGUUGACACAGCCUGUGCAGCACCUUGUCACACAGACACAGACCACCCCUGCCACAUCCACCAGCAGCACCUCUGUCCCGAGAGAGACCAGCCCUGCCACCAGCCCAGAAGUUCCAUGGACAAUGACAUUUCCAAGCUCUUUCCCUGUCACCUCAGCCUCGUCUGCUUCUUCCCUCUCCUCAGCCCAGCUGGGAACAUCAUACCCUGCAAGGGAGCCAACCAGAGCUAAGACACCAACUACUAAUGUAGUAACAGCCUUCACCCAGGAACAGUCAACUGUGCCACACACUGGGCCACAUCUGACCACACACAAGACCUCAGCCUCCACCUCCAUCAGCAGCACCUCCAAGACCUCUGUCUCCACAGGGCCCAGCCCACCAAGCAGCACAGAAGCCCCUCUGGAAACAACAUCUCCCCAUCCCAGCUCUCCCCCUGCCCCCAGCAGCCCGCUCAGCACGCGGCUGCCAUCCACUGCCACCACUGCCACAGUCUCCUCCACAGCAGCUCCAAGCACCAGCCCCACGCCUACUCCUACAACCCUGAGGCCCAAGGCCCCUUCCCCAACCACCAGUGCUGCCAAGGAGUCUCCUGUAACACAGACAUCUGCACCCACCACAGCCAAAACCAGCACGCUGCCAUCGUCUGCUUCUUCUGCCUCCUCAACUGUGUCCUCAGCGUGGCUCAGCUCCUCACUGCCGGCAGCCAUCACCCAGGAACAGUCAACUGUGCCACACACUGGGCCACAUCUGACCACGCACAAGACCUCAGCCUCCACCUCCAUCAGCAGCACCUCCAACACCUCUGUCUCCACAGGGCCCAGCCCCCCAAGCAGCACAGAAGCCCCUCUGGAAACAACAUCUCCCCAUCCCAGCUCUCCCCCUGCCCCCAGCAGCCCGCUCAGCACGCGGCUGCCAUCCACUGCCACCACUGCCACAGUCUCCUCCACAGCAGCUCCAAGCACCAGCCCCACGCCUACUCCUACAACCCUGAGGCCCAAGGCCCCUUCCCCAACCACCAGUGCUGCCAAGGAGUCUCCUGUAACACAGACCUCUGCACCCACCACAGCCAAAACCAGCACGCUGCCAUCGUCUGCUUCAUCUCCCUCCUCAACUGUGUCCUCAACGUGGCUCAGCUCCUCACAGCCGGCAGCCAUCACGCAGGAACAGUCAACUGUGCCACACACUGGGCCACAUCUGACCACAGAGAAGACCACAGCUGCCACUUCCAUCAGCAGCACCUCCAAGACCUCUGUCUCCACAAGGCCCAGCCCACCAAGCAGCACAGAAGCCCCUCUGGAAACAACAUCUCCCCAUCCCAGCUCUCCCCCUGCCCCCAGCAGCCCGCUCAGCACGCGGCUGCCAUCCACUGCCACCACUGCCACAGUCUCCUCCACAGCAGCUCCAAGCACCAGCCCCACGCCUACUCCUACAACCCUGAGGCCCAAGGCCCCUUCCCCAACCACCAGUGCUGCCAAGGAGUCUCCUGUAACAGAGACCUCUGCACCCACCACAGCCAAAACCAGCAUGCUGCCAUCGUCUGCUUCAUCUCCCUCCUCAACUGUGUCCUCAACGUGGCUCAGCUCCUCACUGCCGGCAGCCAUCACCCAGGAACAGUCAACUGUGCCACACACUGGGCCACAUCUGACCACGCACAAGACCUCAGCCUCCACCUCCAUCAGCAGCACCUCCAAGACCUCUGUCUCCACAAGGCCCAGCCCACCAAGCAGCACAGAAGCCCCUCUGGAAACAACAUCUCCCCAUGCUAGCUCUCCCCCUGCCCCCAGCAGCCCGCUCAGCACGCGGCUGCCAUCCACUGCUACCACUGCCACAGUCUCCUCCACAGCAGCUCCAAGCACCAGCCCCACGCCUACUCCUACAACCCUGAGGCCCAAGGCCCCUUCCCCAACCACCAGUGCUGCCAAGGAGUCUCCUGUAACACAGACCUCUGCACCCACCACAGCCAAAACCAGCACGCUGCCAUCGUCUGCUUCAUCUCCCUCCUCAACUGUGUCCUCAGCGUGGCUCAGCUCCUCACUGCCGGCAGCCUUCACCCAGGAAAAGUCAACUGUGCCACACAUUGGGCCACAUCUGACCACGCACAAGACCUCAGCCUCCACCUCCAUCAGCAGCACCUCCAAGACCUCUGUCUCCACAGGGCCCAGCCCCCCAAGCAGCACAGAAGCCCCUGUGGAAACAACAUCUCCCCAUCCCAGCUCUCCCCCUGCCCCCAGCAGCCCGCUCAGCACGCGGCUGCCAUCCACUGCCACCACUGCCACAGUCUCCUCCACAGCAGCUCCAAGCACCAGCCCCACGCCUACUCCUACAACCCUGAGGCCCAAGGCCCCUUCCCCAACCACCAGUGCUGCCAAGGAGUCUCCUGUAACAGAGACCUCUGCACCCACCACAGCCAAAACCAGCACGCUGCCAUCGUCUGCUUCAUCUCCCUCCUCAACUGUGUCCUCAGCGUGGCUCAGCUCCUCACUGCCGGCCUUCACCCAGGAACAGUCAACUGUGCCACACAUUGGGCCACAUCUGACCACGCACAAGACCUCAGCCUCCACCUCCAUCAGCAGCACCUCCAAGACCUCUGUCUCCACAAGGCCCAGCCCACCAAGCAGCACAGAAGCCCCUCUGGAAACAACAUCUCCCCAUGCCAGCUCUCCCCCUGCCCCCAGCAGCCCGCUCAGCACGCGGCUGCCAUCCACUGCCACCACUGCCACAGUCUCCUCCACAGCAGCUCCAAGCACCAGCCCCACGCCUACUCCUACAACCCUGAGGCCCAAGGCCCCUUCCCCAACCACCAGUGCUGCCAAGGAGUCUCCUGUAACACAGACCUCUGCACCCACCACAGCCAAAACCAGCACGCUGCCAUCGUCUGCUUCUUCUGCCUCCUCAACUGUGUCCUCAGCGUGGCUCAGCUCCUCACAGCCAGCAGCCUUCACCCAGGAACAGUCAACUGUGCCACACACUGGGCCAUAUCUGACCACACACAAGACCUCAGCCUCCACCUCCAUCAGCAGCACCUCCAAGACCUCUGUCUCCACAAGGCCCAGCCCACCAAGCAGCACAGAAGCCCCUCUGGAAACAACAUCUCCCCAUCCCAGCUCUCCCCCUGCCCCCAGCAGCCCGCUCAGCACGCGGCUGCCAUCCACUGCCACCACUGCCACAGUCUCCUCCACAGCAGCUCCAAGCACCAGCCCCACGCCUACUCCUACAACCCUGAGGCCCAAGGCCCCUUCCCCAACCACCAGUGCUGCCAAGGAGUCUCCUGUAACACAGACCUCUGCACCCACCACAGCCAAAACCAGCACGCUGCCAUCGUCUGCUUCUUCUGCCUCCUCAACUGUGUCCUCAGCGUGGCUCAGCUCCUCACAGCCUGCCUUCACCCAUGAAAAGUCAACUGUGCCACACAUUGGGCCACCUGUGACCACGCACAAGACCACGGCCACCACCUCCAUCAGCAGCACCUCCAAGACCUCUGUCUCCACAGAAGUGCCUCUGGAAACCUCUCCAAAUCCCAGCUCUCCGCCUGCCCCCAGCAGCCCGCUCAGCACCCGGCUGCCAUCCACUGCCACGUCUCCGUUCUCUUCGGCUUUGGCCCCAGCCGCCAGCACAGUGUCUGUGCCUGCAUCCCUGACUACUUCCACAUUUAGGUCUGCUGAGAGCACUACACAUUCUUACUUCCAAAACACCACAUCAGCUCCAUAUAGCAAAACAUCUUCAUUAGCUGUCCCUAGCAGUAUCUCUCCCCAGUCCAGGCCAGCGCUGAUCCCAACUGUUUUGUCCACAACAAUUACCUUUGCUCCCCAUGUUAUCACCACGGCUUCUACAGAGUCGGUUGAGAGGAGUUCCCUGCAAACAACUACACUGACCACUGCCCGCACAACAUCGUCUCCUCCUCCCACCUCUGGACUUUCUACAUCACUGUCCUCUGUUGUGCCAUCAACAGUGCCACACGAGCAUUGUAGAGAAGUUGAAUAUGAAGAAGAAAUCACUUACAAAGGCUGUUCCACAAAUGUCACUUUGAGCCGAUGUGAAGGAUCAUGCCCAUCUUCAACAAAGCUGGAUGUUGAGAAGAUGACGGUCACCACGGCAUGCGGCUGCUGUAGGCCACUUGAACUUCUUAAGAAGCAACUCCAGCUCCCAUGCCAAGACCCAGAUAACCCUGGAAGAAGGCUCACCAAAGAAAUGAUUGUAUUUAGUGGCUGUGUGUGUAACUUGGACAGUUGCACACACUAGCCAGACCUGGUGGCUGCAGAUACCAUAUUUUGUAAUUAAAAACCCUGAUCACAAGUUAA